GCUAGUAUGCACAAGGCCGUCCUUAGGGGGGUGCAACUGGUGCGGUCGCACCGGGCCCCGCGCUUGAGGGGGCCCCGCGGCGAACAUUAGCUUCAUCCACGGUUCAUCGAGAACUGAUCGGACUGAUUUAGGUCAUUUCGUGACCGAAUCGUUUGGGAAUUGUUCAAGCGAUUCAUUGAAAAGAUCCGACUCAUUUGAACGAUUCGUUCACGAACCAGACAUCGCUACAUCCCGAACGGGGCUUUACAUACGGAUCCCUUUCGAGAGGUCAUGACUCAUCUGUUCGCAAAGGUUGCAGUUCAGUAAGGAUCCAGCAUGAACCAAACAAUCUCGCUACAUAUUUUCGUUGUAAGCGUUUUCGUGAAAAAAAGGGUUUUGUUGGAGCGCUUGGCAUAUUUCACCAUGGCACCACAUCCUGUGGUUCAGGCAAUAAUAGACCUCUCUGCCGGGGCUAUAGGGGGCACAGCUUGUGUACUUAGUGGUCAACCUUUGGACACGGCUAAGGUGAAAAUGCAGACAUUCCCCACUUUAUACAGAGGCUUUGUGCACUGCUUUGUGUCUACAUACAGACAGGUGGGCCUUCGAGGGCUGUAUCAAGGUACCACACCGGCCCUCAUGGCCAACAUUGCGGAGAACUCUGUGCUCUUCAUGUGCUAUGGCUUUUGCCAAGAGGUGGUUCGCUUCGUCUCUGGUCAGGAGAAAGGGGCUGUGCUCAGUGACAUGCAGAAAGCGUGCGCAGGCUCCGUGGCCUCAGUUUUCUCCUCUCUGGUCUUAUGUCCCACUGAGCUGGUGAAGUGCCGACUGCAAGCUAUGCAUGAGAUGGCCACAUCUGGCAAGAUCGCCCACAGUCAGAACACAGUUUGGUCAGUGAUCAAGUCCAUUAUGCAUAAUGAUGGUCCUGCAGGGUUCUUCCAGGGUUUAACCACUACAGUUGCCCGUGAGGUGCCUGGAUAUUUCUGUUUCUUUGGAGCAUACGAGCUCUGUCGCUCUCUCUUUGCUGAGUACAUGCACUGUGGCAAGGAUGACAUAGGUAUGCAAACAGUUACAGUUUCUACACGUUAUCUUUAA